UCUAAUGUCAGUUCUUCCACAGAACAUACAAGCCUCACUAGUGCUGGUGAGAGGACAUCCCACCCAGCGAGGAGAGUAAGACUUAGUCCAAUCAUGAUGAAAGUGGAGUUUGCACCUCUAAACAUCCCAUUGGUCAGGAGGAUCCAAACCUUAGCUGUGGUACAGUGGGUUUUCUCAUUUAUACUGCUGGCACAAUGCUGUGUGGGACUGUUCCUCUUGUUGGUUCUUGCACGAUUUUGGCUCCUGGUGGCACUCUAUGUCCUCUGGCUGUACCUUGACUGGGAGACCCCACAGACUGGAGGCCGCAGGUGCGAAUGGGUACGAAACUGGACAGUCUGGAGGCACUUCAAGGAUUAUUUUCCAAUAAAGAUAAUCAAGACAGCUGAUUUAGAUCCCCAGCACAAUUAUCUCUUAGGCUUCCAUCCUCAUGGUGUCCUUGUUGCUGGGGCCUUUGGAAACUUUUGCACCAACUACACUGGAUUUAAGGAGCUUUUUCCAGGCUUGACCCCUUACCUGCACAUCCUCCCCUUCUGGUUCCGAUGCCCCUUCUUCAGGGAGUAUAUCAUGUGUGUGGGUCUGGUGUCUGCAUCCAAAAAGAGCGUGACACAUGUACUAAGCAGACAGGAGGGAGGAAAUGCUGCAAUUAUAGUCAUUGGUGGUGCUGAAGAAUCAUUGGACGCCCACCCUGGAAACCUGACCCUCCACAUCCUGAAGAGGAAAGGAUUCAUCAAAGUGGCAUUGAAAAGAGGUGCACAUUUGGUGCCCGUGUUCUCAUUUGGAGAGAAUGAGCUGUUUUUCCAGGUACCAAACCCAAAAGGAUCUUUGCUGCGUGCAGUCCAAGAGAGGCUGCAGAAAAUAAUGGGCUUUGCUCUACCCCUCUUCCACGCACGUGGGAUCUUCCAGUACAGCUUUGGACUGCUGCCUUUCAGAAAGCCCAUUCACACAGUGGUGGGUAAACCCAUCCCAGUGGUGCAAACUUCAAACCCCACACAAGAAGAAAUCGAAAAGCUGCAUCAAAAGUACCUGAAUGCGCUUCAGGAACUUUUUGAGGAGAACAAGGAGAAGUAUGGUAUCCCAGAGCAUAAAAGUCUCAUCUUCACUUGACCUCCAUAGAUAAGGUUCUACUUGUGGGACUGGAACCACUAGGAUUAUCCAUCUAGAUCUGUAGCGCUGUAAUCCUUGUGUGUUCAACCAGCCCAGAACUGCGAUGGCUGCACUUACUGCUCUUCUUGUUCAUGAAGUACACUCCACUCUUUAUGAAGAUCUACAUGCUGUAUGUAUGAGCAGGACUGGAAAGUCUUGCACAUACUAUCCGAGCCUCACAGCAAGAUUCAUUUACCAGUGGAUUUGCCAAAAGUUUUGCCUACCCAUUUUAUUCAUUCCAAGAAACUUCAUUAACAUAGUAAAAAUAAGGUACCCAAUGAAUGACAAUUACUGUAAGUACUCAGGAAUCUUAGAGGGAGCAUUUCAUAGCAUACAUAUAUUCUACAAUAUACAUACCGUACAUAUAUAAUUA